CUGGUCACGAACCACAUUCCGGAGCUUACAUAAUCCUCCAAUCUGCAACUCUCGCCUCGAUGCAGGUCCACUUUCUACAACUAGCCAUAUUCCGAAACUUUCUGUUUUCUGGUUCGUUUAGCGACGACGACUUCUAACCUAGACUGCUAGAUUCAAAAUUCUACGCAGACCGCAAACCUGUCCCAAAUGCGUCGCGUACCUGUUAGAGCCCUUCGGACGACCUUUCAAUGCACCGUCCGGGGCCUCACUCGUACUAGUCGUCCGCGACGCAGUAUUAAUUUCCCCCACCAUCAUUUUAAUGCCAGUCUGGGCCUCCGAUCCGCUACCUCAUCCUCCGCUGCUUCUUCGACUACAUCCACAUCUGCCUCCUCAUCCGCAUCCGCAUCCGCGUCCGCGUCGUCAUCUUCUACUUCACACUCCAACAAUGCUGUAAGCGAGCCCUUGCGAUCAUCCAUGUAUAUCCGCCGAUUAUCUGUCGCACUGGUAUCUAGCCUAGUCGGCUACGGCGCCUGGUAUACAUAUAAGGGAGGAAAUUCCCUAGAACAGGUCGGAGCUAAAUCAUACACCACAACACCAACUCAGUUGUCGAAUACCGCCGCUACACCUCGUAAUGUUCUCGUAGUCGGAGCAGACGAACUACACACCGGUACAUUCGUUGGCGAAGGUCCGAUUGCGAAAAGCUUCGACGGAAGUGGAAGAAACGUUCUAGAGAUGCUCACCCCAGAUCAAGCAACCGAGAAGCUGCGAGAAAACGAGGCAUCGUUCUUAGUCAAUCGAGGACAAGGCGUCUUGCGCUAUGAUGUUGUUCAAGUAGCAAGCAACAACCCGAUCGAGGACGACCAUGCCGAGAAGAUUGUCGAGGUUUCUGGACAGGGAGAAGAGACGAACAGUAAGGAUUGGAUGUUCUGGGGUGUUUUUGAUGGUCAUGCUGGUUGGACAACGUCAGCAAAGCUUCGACAAACCUUGAUCAGCUUUGUUGCUCGAGAACUUAACACCACCUACAAGGCUGCUGGAACAUUGGGAACAGUGCCGUCACCAGAGGCCAUUGACACAGCCAUUAAACUAGGAUUUACCCGUCUGGAUCAUGAGAUUGUGCACGAGAGUGUGGAGAAGGUUCUAAAGUCCAACUCCAAACGGGUUGCAGCCGAACUUCUCGGCCCCGCAUUAUCUGGCUCUUGCGCUCUGUUGUCAUUCUACGAUACUAGCACCAAAACAUUACGUGUGGCUUGCACAGGCGACUCUCGAGCUGUCCUCGGCCGUCGUAGUUCAUCUGGGAAAUGGUCGGCAACUCCUCUAUCAGAAGAUCAAACUGGCCGAAACCCUAAUGAGGAGACACGCAUGCGCAAGGCUCAUCCAGGCGAGGAUCGUGUCAUUUACAAUGGGCGAGUUCUUGGAGGCCUUGAACCUACCCGAGCGUUUGGUGACGCUAGCUACAAGUGGAGCAAAGAGAUCUCUGAUCGACUCCGAGCAUCAUUCUUUGGCCGAAGCUCUUCCCCAUAUCUCAAAACCCCUCCUUAUGUAACGGCCGAACCCGUCGUCACCACGACUAACAUCCAACCUGAAAAGGGCGAUUUCCUGGUCAUGGCUACGGACGGGCUCUGGGAGAUGUUGACUAAUGAAGAAGUAGUCGGGCUUGUUGGCAAAUGGAUUGAAUCGCAAGCCACUUCGCCGUCUUCCAAUUCACAGUUAAGCUCUGUGUGGGCCAAACUCUUCGGUCCUGGCCAAGACCUUCCUGUCGAAGCCGGUGGUUCAGCUGGGCCAGAUGGCCAGAAGACUCCGAUUCGACUACGACAAUGGGGCAUCUCGCCUGAUGAGAAGGAACGAUUCGUUGUUAAGGACAAGAAUGUUGCUACCCAUCUCAUCCGCAAUGCGCUCGGGGGUAAGAACGAGGAGCAAGUAUGUGCUUUGCUCACACUUGUUUCUCCGUUUUCGAGACGUUACAGGGAUGAUUUGACUGUGCAAGUCAUAUUCUUCGGCGAUAGCCCGAAAACUGGCUCAGUACUAGUCAACGAAGAAGCCUCAAAUGUUCCUCAAUCAACUGUCAAGGCAAAGCUAUGAGUUGCUUGAGACACCGGAUCCUUUUAUUAUGCACACCACCAUAAGGGAGAUAUCCUUUACUACACGUGCACGAACUGGCCUUUAAUUGUGGAGGCUACAAGAUAGAGCUUUUCUGCGGCAUGGCGUUUCUGGGUUGCUGAGCAUACCAACGAUUCACAACGAGAGUUUCAUGGAUAAGGGCGAAAUAAAGGUGAGCUCUUAGGUACUUUGGCUUGUACAUAGGUGUGCCUGUACGUCAAUACAGUUUGCAUUUGAAAAAA